AUUCAAAUUGCGCUCGAGCUGCUCGCGCGCACGCUUCCGUUUUGUAAUAAGUUAUUUUCAGAAGUUGCUGAAUGAUUCUCUAAGUUCCACCUGGUUUUGAUGUCUAAAAUUCCUGAAAAUAAUUCCGUAAAGUCUGAACAACCAAUCUCGCAAACGUGUUGUCCAGGUUGUCUUUGCAAUUCUGAGGUAAAAUAUGAGGUGUGCCAAACAACUAAACCCCAUUCGAUUAAAUCGGCAAGAAAUUUGUCCACCGGAGAAGUAAUUUUUAGGGAGUUACCGCUCAUUUCUGGACCUCGACUUGACCACAAAAAUGACGAAAAGCUCUGCAUUGGCUGUUGCAAGUUACUUCUCUCUAAUGAAAAUAAAAUUGUUUGCCCUAAUUGUUCCUUGCCUUUGUGUAGUCUUGACUGUGAUGGUUUUAGCCCAAGACACGAUUUUGAAUGUAGCGUUUUCAAGUUAGGACAGUUUGAUCAAAACUUUAAGUAUGGUGCUUUAUUACCCUUAAGAACCCUUUUUUUGCAAAAAACUAACACAGUUCAGUGGCAAAAAAUAUUUGAGCAGUGUGACGUAGAUUUUGUUUUAAACAGGAAUGAUGAAAUCGAGUACUUGGUACAAAAAUUCUUGACCCCACUCAAGAAACUAGAAGAAGAAACGCACCAGAUAAUUCUUGAAGACAAGUCGGAGGAAACCCUUGGCAAAAUCUUCAAUUUCUUACAAUCGAACACUCACCACAAUAAACAACUGAUAUCGUUUUACCCAAAUGCAAGUCUUCUAAAGCACAGUUGUACCCCUAACACUAUUUUCACUACUGAAAAUUUUGAAAUAACAUUAAGGGCAAUUAGUGGCGUUUCGGAAGGUACUCCACUGACUUGCUCUUACACCGAUCUUUUUAGUGGUACUCAUGUUCGUCUAAAGAACCUCAAAAAACUCAACAAGACUUGUUUUUGUGCCAGAUGUACCGACCCAACCGAAUUUGGUACUUUUUUCAGCGCCUUGAAAUGCAUGGGUACCAAGCAAGACCCUUGUGGUGGUAACCAACUUCCGGUGAAUCCCACAAACGAGGAGACUCUAUGGGUCUGUGACAAGUGCAAAAUUGAGCUACCCCACAAACAGAUCGUCAAAUUCGUAAAACAUCUCGGAGGGCAAGUUGGGAAAACUCUCGCGAGGAAAGUUUCAAUUGAAGAAUUAGAGGAGUUUUUAGGCAAAUUGUUAAUGUUUUUGCACCCCAACCACUUUUACAUUUUCGCGGUGAAAAACGCUUUGGUUGAGCUAUAUGGUGAGGAGUCCCUAGCUACGAAAAUCCAGAUUUGCGAAGAACUGAUCGACAUUGCUGGGAAAUUUGAAGACUGGGGGUUACGUCUUGGCCGACUGUUGCACGAAUUGUUUGCGUCCAAAACCUCCAAUUUGGUUGAAAACAAAAAUGUUGAAGAAUUGGCGACAACAAUUGCGAAAAUGCGAAAAAUCGCACAAGUGCACCAAGACCCGGAUUUUCUCCAAAUUUUUCUAGAAGACGAGUCAAAACUCGCGUCUUUGUAACCACACACUAAUAAACUCUGCAACAUUU